GCUGGGUCCCCUCCGGUGUCGAUCGUAAGCACUUGGUUUAGCCAAGAAAAUUACGCUGACUAUAAAAACAAAUUUAAAACACCAUUCUUCAGUCAGUUGCAGUAGUUUGAGCUGAGUGACAACAGCUUACGUUCUUUUGGUAGGUGAUCGAGAGCCAGUUCACGUGCAGUGGGACUGUUAACUUUGUGAAGAUAUUGUUAACAGUCCAUUUUAGUUGAUUGAAAUGUCUAGCAAAUAAUUUCGCUAGAGAAGAGUUAAAAAAUCAGUAGGAACUGUGUAUAUUGCGUUAUACUAUAUGUUAAGUGACACCUCAAGUGUUUUAAACGAUUGUGUUAGAAGUGCUAGAAUAAAGUGAUUGAUUAAGAAUUUGAAAGCCAAAUAUUUGUUUGAGAAGUGGUGGUCAGAGACUUUGAGCAAAAUAACAUAACACGCAGAAAAAGAUUUUGUCUUUUUCCAUACAUCGAUCAAACCUUUACUGGUGUUAACGAAACAACAUGUCAGCAACUAUUGCGCAUACAGAUGGCCUCAAUAGUAGUGCCAACAUUAUUUCACCAAUCAACAUGUUCUACUUCCUGCUUACUCCUGCAUUAUUGCUGUGGUUUUUCUAUUGGCGUUUAUCACGACGCCACAUGCUAGAACUAGCUGAACGGAUACCUGGACCGAAAGGACUCCCUUUGAUUGGAAACGCCUUAGACCUUGUUGGCAGUUCGCACUCCGUGUUCCGCACAAUUAUCGAGAAGGGCAAGGAAUAUAACGAAGUGAUUAAAAUAUGGAUAGGACCGAAGCUAAUCGUCUUUCUAGUGGAUCCACGCGAUAUAGAAUUGCUUCUUAGCAGCCAUGUUUACAUUGACAAAUCCCCUGAAUACCGCUUCUUUAAGCCCUGGCUGGGCAACGGACUUCUUAUAAGCACCGGACACAAAUGGCGUCAACAUCGCAAACUGAUUGCCCCUACUUUCCAUCUGAACGUACUUAAGAGCUUUAUUGAUUUAUUCAAUGAAAACUCUCGUCUUGUAGUAAAGAAGAUGCAGAAAGAGAAUGGGAAAGUCUUUGACUGUCACGACUAUAUGAGCGAAUGCACAGUAGAAAUUCUUCUAGAAACUGCAAUGGGAGUAUCCAAAAAGACACAAGAUCAAUCUGGAUAUGACUACGCAAUGGCCGUGAUGAAAAUGUGCGAUAUUCUGCAUCUGCGCCAUCGUAAAAUGUGGUUGUACCCAGAUCUAUUUUUCAACCUUACUCAGUACGCUAAAAAACAAGUUAAAUUGCUCAAUACCAUUCAUAGUUUGACAAAAAAGGUUAUUCGCAACAAGAAGGCAGCCUUUGAUACCGGUACACGUGGCUCUUUGGCUACAACUUCAAUCAACACAGUCAAUAUUGAGAAAUCCAAGAGUGAUAGCACCAAGACAAACACAGUGGAAGGCCUCUCAUUUGGUCAAUCAUCCAACCUGAAAGAUGAUUUGGACGUAGAAGAGAACGAUGUAGGCGAAAAAAAACGAUUGGCUUUCUUGGACCUUUUACUUGAAAGCGCAGAAAAUGGUGCACUUAUUUCGGACGAGGAGAUAAAAAACCAAGUGGAUACGAUUAUGUUCGAAGGCCAUGAUACUACGGCAGCUGGUAGUAGCUUCUUCCUUUCGAUGAUGGGUGUGCAUCAACAAAUUCAGGAUAAAGUUAUCCAAGAAUUGGACGAAAUUUUCGGAGAAUCAGACCGUCCAGCCACAUUCCAGGAUACACUAGAAAUGAAAUAUCUAGAACGGUGCCUUAUGGAAACUCUACGCAUGUAUCCGCCAGUACCUAUAAUUGCUCGUUCGCUAAAGCAAGAUCUAAAAUUAGCUUCGAGUGAUAUCGUAGUUCCUGCCGGAGCUACCAUCACAGUAGCCACCUUUAAACUUCACCGCUUGGAAUCGAUCUACCCUAACCCUGACGUUUUUAACCCUGAUAAUUUCCUUCCCGAAAAGCAAGCAAAUCGCCAUUAUUAUGCAUUCGUCCCAUUUUCUGCAGGUCCAAGAAGUUGCGUUGGACGUAAAUAUGCUAUGUUAAAGCUAAAGAUAAUUUUGUCCACUAUCCUGCGCAAUUUUCGCGUUUAUUCCGAUCUAAAAGAGGAAGAAUUCAAGCUGCAGGCCGACAUCAUUUUGAAGCGCGAGGAAGGAUUUCAGAUCCGGCUUGAACCACGUCAACGCAAAUCGAAGACAUUAUGAGGAUUGGACGUUUACAGAGCAUGCAAACUUCAUUGUUAUUUUAUACUUUACUAUGUAGACAUUUGUUUAUGAUAUGAUAACUCAUUGAAAGUUAUUAUUACAAGUAACAUUUUUUAUUUUUGUUCACUGGAAAAGCAUUGAGUUAAUAUAUUAUUUCUUUUUCACAUUUUAAAUGGGAAUACAUUCGCAUGAAUAAAAUUGUGAUUGUGUUCAAACAAUAAAUAAAAUAGGGAUACUCGGAUGUCAAUAAAGGUUGGGGAUAACUUUUUGUGAAGGUUCGAAAAAAAUCGAAUAUAAUAAUGUUUAUAAAGCAAACAUUAUAUUCUAUCAAUAAAACAAAAUGGAUCGUCAGUGAUAAUUAUUUAAAAUAUAAGAUUGAAUGAUAUGCGUAGGACAGGUCUCUUCAUUUAUUUCAGGCCUUUGUUACUUUUUUGUACCAUUCACUCCAUCUACGAUUUUUACUCUUUAUGCUGCAUUUUCAUUUUCACUCCGAAAAAACACCAAAAGAUCAAUAAAGUUAUUUGUCAUAAACAUUA